CUUCUGUUUGAUUUACGGAGGAGGCUGUGGCGGUGGCCAAGUUCAGAUAAGGAGCCCAACCGCUUGUAGGGGGGAUUCAUAUUUAAGUGCGAAUCCGGUCAGGGUGCUCUCAAGUGUGCGCAUAGCUCUCAGACGUCGCAUAACAGACCAAACGGAAUUCACAGAAUCACUGCCAGGAUGUCGAGCGCCACAGCGGAUCUUAGAUUCGGCAUCACGGACUUUGUGGUCUUCACCAUCAUGCUGGGCGCCUCGGCCGGCAUUGGUGUGUACUUUGGGUUCUUCUCGAAGGCCAAGAACACCACAGAGGAGUACCUGCGCGGCGGCAAGAAGAUGCAGACUCUUCCCAUAGCCAUCUCGCUGGUGGCCAGUCAGCUAUCGGGCAUUGCCAUCAUGUCCAUUCCCGCGGAGAGCUACUCGUUUGGCUUCAACUACAUCUUCGUGGUGCUGGCGAUGGUGCCAGUCAUUCCCAUUCUGAUCUACAUCAUUGUGCCCGUGUUCUACGAGAACAAUGUCUCCAAUUGCUACGAGUAUCUGGAGAUGAGGUUCAAUAAGCGCACGCGUCAGCUGGUCACCAUGGCCUUUGUGCUGAAUUCGUUCCUCAUGCUGCCCGUCUACAUGUUCAUUCCGUCGCUGGCCUUUUCCCAGGUGACUGGCUGGAAUAUUCAUGUGAUCAAUGUCAUGGUCUCCUCGAUCUGCAUCUUCUACACUAUGCUGGGCGGCAUCAAGGCCGUGGUCUGGACAGAUGUGGUGCAGGGCGGUGUCAUGCUGCUCUCAGUGGUUACUGUGGGUGUCCUGGGCACCGUCCGAUCGGGUGGCCUAUCCACUGUCCUGGAAAGAGCCACUGAGGGUGGCCGAAUGGACUUAGACUUCAGAUUUGAUCCGCGCAUUCGUUUGAGCUUCUGGAGCGCCAUGACUGGUGGCAUAUUCAUGUGGACCGGCCACAUCGGCCUCAAUCAGAGCUGUGUGCAGCGCAUCGUCUCCCUGCCCUCGUACUCCCAUGCCAAGAGAUCUCUGAUUAUUUCGGGACUGGGAUUCAUUAUAAUUAGCCUGUUCAACACCGUGGCGGGCAUCAUAAUGUUCUCCCGCUACUACGGCUGUGAUCCCAUUCUGGCUGGUCUCGUCAGCAAACCGGACAAGAUGAUGCCAUUCUUUGUGCAGGACAUUAUGGGCCAUUUGGCCGGAAUGCCCGGUGUGUUCAUCUCCUGCGUCUUCAGUGCCGCCCUCAGCUCGCUCUCGGCCACCCUCAACUCGCUGGCCGGCGUCGUCUAUUUCGAUUACAUCAAGCCGCACAUCCGGCACACGGAUGCCCGUGCGAACGGGAUCAUGAAGCUGGUGAUCGUCGCAAUGGGCGGCUACUGCAUCCUGGGCGGUUUCAUUGUCCAGAACUUCAACUCGAUACUGCAGACUGUUGUGACCAUCACUGGCGUCAACACGGGCGCUGUGGUGGGGGUCUUUCUGCUCGGUAUGUUUGUGCCGCGAUGCAACAGCAGGGUGGCAGUGUCUAGCAUCUUGCUCAGUGUGGUGGCCAUGGUGUGGAUCAUCGUCAAUGGCCAGAUGAACUUCAAGGCGGGCCUCAUCAAUUACAAAGUGCUGCCCAACUCGCUAGACCAGUGCGAGGCGCGCGGUUUCCACAUGAUCUUGGAUGCCAUUAAUCAAACUGCCAUGAGCCCAAUCACACCGAACCAGACAGUUGCUGCGGCUCCAGUCACAACUGCCUUUGAGAGCAAUCGGGACUUUUCGCUCUACGACAUCUCCUUCUACUGGUACAAGGUGGUGGGCGCGCUUGUGGUCUUCUUGUGGGCGGUGCCCAUGAGUUAUGUCUGGCCCCCAGAUCGCAACGAAAAGCCGAAUCCAAAGCUUUACUCUACGUUUGUGCGAAAGUUCCUCAAUCUUUCGAAUUCCGAGCAGGAAAUGGAGGAGGUGCCAUUGAGGAAAGCGACAGUCAACGAGAUUCCCGAACUUAGAGUAGAUGCACAAGAAAAGGAAAGGGAAGGCCCUGAGCACUGAUCUUUUGUAGGCAUUUAGUUAAUCGUAGGCUAAAAUACUCGUAUAUGAUAUAAGAAAUACUAGAGAAAAAUGGCAUAAUAUAAUUAGAUUAAAUAUUCGGUUUUUAACUACAAAUAUAGUGAAAUUAAAUAGAAUUAAAAACGAAUUUUUAGACUUGAAA